GCAGCCAGUCACAUCGCUGCUACGGAAGUUCGCUUGGUUCAAACCUCCUGUUAAACCUCUCUGACGGUCAGACCGAGGUGGAAUGGUCAGAUAAUGGCGAGGACGGACCCGUUGCUCGAGGCGGAGAAAAAAACCCAGCGUCUUUGCUGAUGGGCGUUGAACAUUGGCGGAAGGUCGACGGCGACGGACGAGUCGCAGAGCAGGAGGAGCGGCGGCAGAAGAGCGGCGGCUCAGACGCGUUCAGGUGGCGGCGGUGAUGCUACGUAGGCAGCUGAGAGAAAAGGGCUUCUCGAACCCGACGGAGCGCGCGUGAGCUCAGCUCAGCACAGCACUCACGGCACCGGCUCCCCUUUACUGUCAUUGAAAUCACUCGUUUUGCGCGGACGAGGAGCCUGUCGAGGUCUGCGCGCGGAGCCAGGACGAGCUGGUGAAGUUUUUUCGGGAAUGGCAGGUCGAAGCCGGAGAGCAUGGUUUAGCGUUUUGCUGGGGCUGGUGGUCGGGUUCACGCUGGCUUCCAGACUCAUCCUGCCGCGGGCCAGCGAGCUGAAGAAAGCCGGGCACAAGCGGAAGGCGAGCCCGUCCGCCUGCGGCUUGAGGAAGGAGUACGGCGCGGCGCUGUGGUCACCGCAGGAUAACGGUUCACCGGCGACCGAGAAGCCCGGCUCGCGGUCCAGCCGCUUCCUCUUCGUCGGAGUCAUGACUGCCCAGAAGUACCUGAACAACCGGGCCGUGGCGGCGCACAGGACGUGGGCUCAGACGAUACCUGGUCGUGUGGAGUUCUUCUCCAGCGAAGGCUCAGACACCAGCAUACCCAUUCCCAUCGUGGCUCUGCGGAAUGUGGAUGACUCCUACCCCCCACAGAAGAAGUCCUUUAUGAUGCUCAAGUACAUGCACGACCACUAUCUAGACAAGUACGAGUGGUUCAUGCGGGCCGAUGACGACGUCUACAUCAAGAGCGAGAAGCUGGAGAGCUUCCUGCGCAGCCUCAACAGCAGCGAGGCCAUCUUUCUGGGGCAGACGGGCAUGGGGGCCCGGGACGAGUUGGGCAAGCUGGCUCUGGAGCCAGGGGAGAACUUCUGUAUGGGAGGGCCUGGAGUCAUCAUGAGCCGGGAGGUCCUCCGAAGGAUGGUCCCGCACAUCCGGGAAUGUCUGCAGGAGAUGUACACCACGCACGAGGACGUGGAGGUCGGCCGCUGCGUCAGGAGGUUCGCCGGCGUUCAGUGCGUCUGGUCUUAUGAGAUGCAGCAGCUCUUCUAUGAAAACUACGAACCCAACAAGAAGGGCUACAUCCGGGACCUCCACAACAGCAAGAUCCACCGGGCGAUCACCCUGCACCCCAACAAGAACCCGCCCUACCAGUAUCGCCUGCACAGCUACAUGCUGAGCCGCAAGAUCGCGGACCUGCGACAUCGGACUGUGCAGCUGCACCGGGAGAUCGUGCAGAUGGGCCGCUACGGCGCGGCCGAGCCCAGCCGCGAGGACCUGCAGCUGGGCAUCCCGCCCUCGUUCAUGCGCUUCCAGCCGCAGCAGCGGGACGAGGUGCUGGAGUGGGAGUUCCUCACGGGCAAGUACCUGUUCUCCUCGUCGGACGGACAACCGCCUCGCCGUGGGAUGGACUCGUCCCAGAGGCAGGCCCUGGACGACAUCAUCAUGCAGGUGAUGGAAAUGAUCAACGCCAACGCCAAGACCCGGGGGAGAGUCAUCGACUUCAAAGAGAUCCAGUACGGCUAUCGGCGGGUCAACCCCCUCUACGGAGCCGAGUACGUGCUGGACCUGCUGCUGCUCUACAAGAAGCACAAGGGGAAGACCAUGACGGUGCCGGUGAGGAGGCACGCCUACCUGCAGCAGACCUUCAGCCAGAUCCAGUUCCGAGAGGAGGAGGAGAUGGACGCCCAGGCCCUGGCCAGCCACAUCAACAAGGACUCCGAUUCCCUCUCCUUCCUCUCCAACUCCCUGAAGAUGCUGGUGCCUUUCAAGCUGGCAGCUUCUGGUCAGGAUCUACGGGAACCCAAAGAGAAGAAGGUCAACAUCCUGGUGCCUCUGUCGGGACGCUACGACAUCUUUGUGCGCUUCAUGGCCAACUUCGAGAAGGUCUGUCUGAUCCCCAACCAGAACGUGAAGCUGCUCAUCCUGCUCUUCAGCACGGACAACAACACGGAGCGGGUCAAGCAGGUGGAGCUGAUGAGGGAGUACCACAUGAAAUACCCUCGCGCCGAGAUGGAGAUCAAGCCCGUCAACGGCGUCUUCUCCCGAGCCCUGGCGCUGGAGGUGGGCUCCUCGCACUUCACCAACGACUCCCUGCUCUUCUACUGCGACGUGGACCUGCUCUUCACCAGCGACUUCCUCAAGCGCUGCCGGGGCAACACGGCGCUCGGGGAGCAGACCUACUUCCCCAUCAUCUUCAGCCAGUAUGACCCCAAAGUGGUGUACGCCGGGAAAGUGCCCAGCAACAACCACUACGUCUUCACCUCCAAGACGGGCCUGUGGAGGAACUACGGCUUCGGCAUCGUCUGCGUCUACAAAGGCGACCUGCUGGGGGCCGGCGGCUUCGACACCUCCAUCCAGGGCUGGGGCUUGGAGGACGUGGACCUCUUCAACAAGUUCGUCCAGUCGGGGAUCCGCCUGUUCAGAAGCACGGACACGGGGAUCGUGCACGUGCACCACCCGGUGAUGUGCGACCCCAACCUGGAGGCCAAGCAGUACAAGAUGUGCUUGGGCUCCAAGGCCUCGUCGCACGGCUCCACGCAGCAGCUGGCCGAGCUCUGGCUGGAGAAGAACGACCACAGCUUCCGCAGACUGGAGGCCAACAACGGCUCGGUCAGAACAGCGUGAGCCAGGCCCGCCUCCCACUAGUGGCCUGCUCACUACCUUAUUUAUUUCUCAUGAAAUGGAGGACUGUCACGGAGGAGCCUGGAGGCAGGGGCCCUCGGUGAAGGACGCUCUCCUCCAGGCGCCGCGCGCUGCCUGGAACACAGCUGUUGCUCGUGAAUGUUUACAAAGACCCGGACUCCGUCGGUCACUUCCUCCCGACGACACUGUCGCCUGAUGAUCCGUUUCUGUGAACACAACUGCUGCAAUUCACCUUUUGCUGUCUAAUUUAUUGAAGGUGCAGAUGGUCCUCGACUCUCGAUUGUCGCCUCCUUUUUGGAAAGAUUGUAUCAGUGUAGCGUCGCCAGGCGCUCGUCGACUCGUCAUCACCAAAGAGUUUGCACAGUCAGGUGUGUGUGUGUGUGUGUGAGAGAGAGAGCGAGCGCGUGUGUGCGAGCGUGUGAGAGUCACAGACACGGGCCGGGCUGAAGCCUCUCGUGCUCUGCUGCGUCCUCCUGGACUGGGCUCUUCCGUCACUGUCGUCGCCGUCUGUUUUUAUCAAGUCCUUUUUACGCUGAAGCUCAAAAGUGUGGCGUGGCUGAGCCCGGUCUGUGACCCGUGCCUGCAGGUGGAGGGCCAAACGUGUCCCCCUCCCUCCUCCUCCUCCUCCUCCUCCAGCAGGAACCGUGUGUUGUAGCACUCCAGCAUCAUGAAGACUGAUGAGCAAAGGUUGUGAUGUCAUCCGUGUUUUUUUAAUUCUCCUUUUUUUUAAACUGUACUUGUUCUCUGAACUGAGUGGGGGAAGGUUUUCUAUUUAAAGACGAAUAAAUGGAGUUAAGAAUCUGCGGCUGGACGUUUCCCUUCCUUCUGUUCAUGUGAGUGACGUGAGGACACAUCACAACAGCCAGGGUUGCCCUCUGUAGGUGAUGGGCCAGGUCACAGGUCCAGGUCUCUGCAGCUGACUGGCUGCUAGUUUCACCCUCGUACGUUCUUCCCUGUUCACUGUGAUGGGCUGAUGAGGCUUCAUGAAACAGUGUGCUCAUUUUCUGAAGUCUCUAGGUGGUGCUCUGGGUUUAGAAAUUAUGUGAGAUGAUGUCCAUUGAAGCGGUUGUUUUAGAGCCGAGAGCGCCAUCUGGUGGCUUCUGAACAUCAGGACACUGUUUCAUGAAGCCUCACCAGUCCAUCACCACGUCAUCCUGAGCUGGGGGCCUCAGUCUAUACUGAGAUGCUGAGGGGCUGUGAAACAGACCGGAAAUAUGAAUAGGAUUCAGCAAGUGUCAAAGAAUAUCCUACAAAACGUAUUUAAUAAUACAGUACUUCCAAAUUCUAUAUUAAGUCACACGAUUGAUGGAUUAUAUCAGACUUGUCAUUCACUAAAAGAGGGGAAAAACACUUUUAAAUGAAGAUAAAUGG